AUGAGCAACACGCAGACGACAACGCGGAAACCCACCAGGCUGCCAUUUCACCCUCGCCGGAGGGCGCCUAAGCUGCCCGACCUACACCUGACCGGGCACACCGACGUCCUGGAGCUGGCCACGUCACCCAUCUUGGACGAGGAUCGGGCAGUGGCGGCAGGGCUGAUGCCACCGGCAACGGCGUCGCCCAAGCAAGAGGUCCCGCCGCUGUGGUGGCCUGCCAAGGAGGAGAAGGGGGCGAUCCCGCCCCGCGCCAUGUCCCCCACAGUGUGUCAGAUUUCAUCGGAGUCGGAGGAGGAAACCACGCCAGCACCAGCGGCGACAGCGCCGAAGCGGGCCAGGGUCAUGGGGCAGCCGACCCGCCCCCCGCAGCAGCCGACCUGCCCCCCGGAGCAGCCCAUCUCCCACCUGAGCAGCCGAUCUGCCCACCGCGGCUAA